AUGGAUGACUGUUUUGAAUGUUCAGAAGAUCAUUACCCAAAUAAAGAAAAGAAAGGCUGUAUCCUGAAACUGCUGGUCUUUCUAACUUUUGAAGAAACUUUAGGAAUCGGUUUAGCCUCAGUCACUCUUGGUUUCUUCUUCUUGACAUCUUGGGUAUUUGGAACUUUUAUUAAACACAGGGAUACUCCCAUUGUCAGAGCCAACAACAGAUCCCUCACCUAUACCCUUCUUGUCUCUCUUUUGUUCUGCUUUCUCUCCUCUUUUUUAUUUCUCAGCCAACCUGGCAAAGUGACCUGCCUUCUCAGACAAUCAACUUUUGGAAUUACCUUCUCAGUGGCCAUUUCUAGUGUACUGGCCAAAACCAUCACGGUGGUUGUGGCUUUCAUGGCCACUAAACCUGGAUCUCAAAUGAGGAAGUGGGUGGGGAAAAGAUUGGCCUUUUCUACUGUAUUUUCCUGUUCUCUCUUCCAAGUAUGUAUUUGUAUCCUUUGGUUGUCAACAUCUCCCCCAUUCCCUGAAUUGGACAUGCAUUCAGAGCUCCAAGAAAUGAUUUUACAGUGCAAUGAGGGGUCAGGUUUCUUUUUCUACUGUGUCUUGGGCUACAUGGGUUUCUUGGCCAUUGCCAGCUUCAUUGUGGCUUUCCUUGCCCGUAAAUUACCUGACAGCUUCAAUGAAGCCAAGUUCAUCACCUUCAGCAUGUUGGCCUUUUGCAGUGUGUGGGUCUCCUUCUUUCCAGCCUAUCUGAGCACAAAAGGCAAAGCCAUGGUAGCUGUGGAGGUCUUCUCCAUCUUGUCUUCCAGCGCUGCAUUACUGGGAUGCAUAUUCUUGCCAAAGUGCUACCUCAUUGUUUUGCGGCCUGAGCUAAACCACAGGGAACAACUAAUAAAGAGAAUGUAG